UAUUGGGACGAGGCCAUUCAUGACCAAGUCUACGCCGCUUGGAGGCUCGUCGUCCGAGAUCGCCUCAAGGACAACAUUUAUCGGGUAAAGUGCAGACGCGUAAGACCUCCGUGGAUGUCGACGGCUACCUACGAUCAGCUCGUCGCACAUUGGGAUUCAGAAGAAGGAACGGAGAAGAGUCAAAUCUUCUCAAGCAAUCGACGAUCCCGAGCGGAGAUCGAACGCGCACCCCCGACCCACACUGCAGGACGAAGAUCAUUUGCCCGAGUCGCCCAUGAGAUAGAAAUCGAGGACGCGAUUCAGGCAAAGAUCACCGAUCGUCUCUCCCAGUUAGAGGAGAGUUGUGGAUCGACCCAACUUUCGCCAGCAGAAAUCAACAGUCUCUAUCUAGAGGUUGUCCAACCGGAUGCCAAAGGACGUAUCUACAACGUCGGUGGAAUGGCGACUCAGUUGGGUGGUGGUCAUCCAGAUGCAGCAUCGAUCGGUCGCCACAUCGCACUAACUAAGGAGGUCGAGGCGUUGAAGAAAAAGAUCGAAGAGUUCGAGGAGGAUCGUAGAAAGAUUGCGAGACUUGAAGAAGGUGAGGCACGGAUUGCGCGUUACGAGACGCUUUUCGCCCGACUUUUUCCUCCUCAUGACGAUCCACCAACGACGCAGGAGAUGCAACAUAACCCAUUUCUGACUCCUCAGUCCAGAAAUUCUCUUCAUGUUGCGACUUCCAUUUCCGUCGCAAAAUGGAACAUUUCUUGUAGUGAAGAGAAUGAAAAUGGUGAGAGUUUUCCUGUAUUGGUGAAAGUCAUUCUGAGUGAACGUGAGGGGUUUUACUCAGGAUGA